AUGCCCAGCCUCCGUGGGUUCCAUGGUCUCGCCAGCCUCCUCUGGCUGUGGCUGGCGUCUCUGGCCCCAUCCUGUGAUGGAGGAAACAUCCUGGUGUUCCCGGUGGACGGCAGUCACUGGAUCAACAUGAAGGUUCUGAUCCAGGAGCUGCACUCUCGCGGCCACAGCUUCACCGUCAUACGAGCCUCCACCAGCUGGUAUAUCCCCCAGAAGUCCCCCCUCUACACAGCCAUUGACGUCCCAAUGGAGAAGAACGUGGAGAACUUUUUCGAGGUUUUUCUGGAAGGACAAAUGAAGGCGCUGAGGGAGGGGUCCUCGCCUCUCACAACUCUCAAACUCACCAACGACUUUAUAAACAUGAUCACUCACGCUCAUCAGAUCUGGUGCGACGCUUUGGUUCAAAUACUAGAAAACAAUGAACUGGUCAAAACUUUAGUAGAUGCAAAAUAUGACUUGAUGCUCACGGAUCCUACCAUGGCCCUGGGAGUGGUGCUGGCCAAGCAUCUAAAACUGCCCUUAGUUCUAAACGUUCGCUGGGUCACGAGUGGCGAUGGACAGUUCAUGAUGGCUCCUUCUCCUCUGUCCUUCAUCCCAGUCCCAGGAUCAGGAUUCACAGACAAAAUGACUUUCAUACAAAGAGUUCAGAAUGUACUCUUCUACAGUAUUACUCUGGCUCAACAGAAGUUUUUGGUUGGACCCAUGUAUGAUGCGAUCUGCGAGAAGUACAUCGAGGGUGGAUGUGACAUCGUCUCACUCCUGCAAGACGCCGACAUCUGGCUCUUCAGGUCUGACUUUGUCUUUGACUUUCCUCGGCCCAUAAUGCCGAACAUCAUCUACAUGGGAGGUUUCCAGUGCAAACCUCCACAACCUGUGCCCACGGAGUUGGAGGACUUUGUGCAGAGCGCAGGAGAACACGGAGUCAUCGUCAUGACUCUGGGAACUGUGGUCAAAGCUUUGCCGAUGGAGAUCACGGAUGAGAUUGCCAGAGUCUUUGCUAAACUGCCUCAAAAGGUGAUCUGGAGGCAUCUGGGGGAGCGGCCCUCCUCUCUGGGCAACAACACUCUGAUUGUGGACUGGAUGCCUCAGAAAGACCUGCUGGGACACCCUCAGACCAAAGUCUUUGUGGCUCACGGUGGGACCAACGGCGUCCAGGAGGCCAUCUACCACGGCGUGCCCAUUCUGGGCAUCCCGCUGUUCUUCGACCAGUUUGACAACCUGCUGCGUGUGCAGGCCAGAGGAGCGGGAAGCAUCCUGCGCCUCAGUGAGCUGACGGGACAGAGCUUUGAGCAGAGGCUCAGGGAGCUGCUGCUGCAGCCUCACUACAGAGACAACAUGCAGAGACUGUCCCGCCUGCACCGGGACCAGCCCCUGUCCCCCAUGGAGCAGGCGCUGUUCUGGGUGGAGUACGUGAUGCGCCACAGAGGAGCCGCUCACCUGCGCACACAGGCCUACAGCAUGCCCUGGUACAGCUACUACUGCCUGGACGUCCUGCUGCUGCUGAUCACUGUUGUCAUGGCAACAGUGCUGUGUGCAGCAGGCCUGCUGCGGUUGCUCUGCUGCAGGAGACGCAACAAACUCAAACUGCACUGA